AUGGCAGAAAACAAUGACGCAAAGAUCGUUGUCUCUGAACCUCCAGCCGGCGCUGCAGAGAGCUCUAAUACCACAACCGACCUUGAUCAUACGACAGCCAAUGGAGAGGCGGAUGGGGAGGAUCAAGUCGAAACCAUCUUUCAACUGACUGUCAACCUCCCCCACGCACCCAAGAAGAUUCAGAUCAUGGUAUCAUCGCAAGAAGCAAUCCAUGAUGUACGCCAAUCGGUCAUUGAGACACCGGGGACUUUCCAGUACUCGUGUUUUCAUCUCGAACACAAGGGACAACGAAUCAACGACUUCAUCCAGCUGUCCGAAGUCGAUGACAUUACAUCCGAUUCCGAACUGACUCUUGUCGAGGACCCAUACAAUGAGAAAGAGGCAAGAUUACAUGUUGUUAGAGUGAGGGAGCUCAUUGGUGCAGCUGGGGAUCGAACGGACACUUUGCAUGGCGUGUUGUCGGGCCUCUCACUUCACGACUCUGUCACAGCUAGCGAAACCUCAACAGACGGUGCACCAGCCCACCCUAUGACUGGGUACAAAUUUGAUGCUCCUGGCGUGCUGUCGAACCUCUUGCCACAAGCCCAUGAUUCGGCUCCCAAGACCAUCAAGUCAAUAUCAGUAUCUCCUUGGAACCCGCCUCCAUACCACUUGAGACAGAAAGGCCACCUGCUGUACAUUCAGGUAACAACCAAUGAAGGGGAGCAGUAUCAGAUCACAUCACACGUUUCUGGGUUUUUCGUGAACAAGUCUUCGAAUGCCAAGUUCGACCCUUUCCCCCGAGGUGCUCCAAAAGCUCAUGCGGCACACUCAUUACUGAGCUUGCUUUCGGAGCUUUCUCCAGGAUUCGAUGGUUCAUUCAAGAAACUACAGGAGCACAACAAUCUAAAAGAACCUCUGGGAACCUUUCAGAUCACAAAUGCUACCCCUGCGAGUCCAUGGGUUGUGCCAAACUCAAUAUCGCCUCUCGUUGCCCACCAGCCAGAUAUAACUCGGACUCAAGAGAGCUACUUAAUUUCAGGGAUCGAGAAUACCGAGACCCUGAGAGAUUGGAAUGAGGAGUUUCAAUCCACAAGGGAAUUGCCAAAGGAGACUGUCCAGGAUCGUGUCUUCCGGGAAAGAUUAACCUCGAAGCUCUUUGCUGAUUAUAACGAGGCAGCUGCUAGAGGGGCUAUCCUCGUUGCUCGAGGUGAAGUUGCGCCUCUGAACCCUACUGAGGGAAGAGACGCCCAAAUAUUCGUGUACAACAAUGUAUUCUUCUCCUUUGGUGCGGAUGGAGUGGGUACAUUCGCAUCUGAAGGCGGAGACGAGGCUGCAAGAGUUGCGACCGGCAAGGACGUUAUGGGUGUUCGGAUGGUAAACCAACUAGACAUUGAAGGACUUUUCACUCCUGGAACCGUCGUCAUUGAUUACAUGGGUAAGCGCCUGGUCGGCCAGAGUAUUGUUCCCGGCAUCUUCAAACAACGAGACCCUGGAGAAAAUCAGAUCGAUUAUGGUGCGGUCGAUGGCAAGGAAGUCGUCGCCUCCGAUGAACGAUUUGUACCUGCCUUCGCAAAGCUUUCAAAGGCCUUGAAGGUUAAGAAACAUGCGGUUUGGGACAAGGCUGGCAAGAGGCACGAACUUGAAGGCAGCGUGGAAACCAAGGGUUUGCUAGGCACGGAUGGCCGAAAGUAUGUUCUUGAUCUGUACAGAAUCACACCUCUGGAUAUUUCUUGGAUGGAGGAAUUCGGGACUGCUGUCGGCAGCCCCGAGCAAGUGAAUGGUACGAGCAAGAAUGCAUACCCUCACAGGAUGACAGUCUUGAGACCCGAACUUGUUGAGGCUUACUCAAAGUCUAAGCUUCGAGAAUGGGUAAAUGGGGAGUUAGAGAAAAGACGUGCAACAUCACCCGAAAAGUCAGACGCUAAAGCAAUGGAGAGUGAUGCCGGUGAUGAUGCUGCGAAGAGUACAUCCGAGGACGAAAAAACCAUUGCAACAACCGAAGAGGCUCAGGACUUUGAUAAGGAGCGCAUCGACAUCUCCAACUUCAGCUUCUCACUGAACCCUGACGCGUUCAGCGGACAGGCACCAGAGACCGACUCCGACAAAGAAGAGUUGGCCAAGGAUGAGCAAGAUGUCAGACAUGCAUGCGAGUUUCUGCGCGGCACAGUGCUUCCAGAGUUGAUCAGCGAUCUUAAGGAGGGUGAUGUCGGCUUCCCAAUGGAUGGUCAAUCAUUGAGCCGACUUUUGCACAAGAGAGGUAUCAAUAUCAGAUACUUGGGUAGGCUUGCUGGGCUUGCCGAAGGCAAGAGACUCGAAUGCCUGCGAGCUCUUACUCUGCAAGAGAUGAUUUCAAGAGCUUUCAAGCACAUUGCCAGUAAAUACCUUCGAUACCUGCCUACGCCUUUGACUGCUUCUUGUAUCGCUCAUCUUCUCAACUGCUUACUUGGGGCUGGUCUCAAUGCCAAGCCAAAGGCCGACAUUGACGAAAGUAUGGCUACACUGUACCCAGAAAUCGCAUUGGACUUCCAAAAGGUGUCUCCCGAGAGCUUGCAAGCGGAAAUUGAAACAGAGAUCCUUAGACGUUACCAGUACGCCAUAGAAACUUCUUGGGCUGACAACAUUAAACCUGUUCAACUCCUUCGAGAAGUGUCCUUGAAGCUUGGGUUGCAGCUGGAACUAAAAGAUUAUCACUUCACUCCUCAACCACACAACGGCUCUGUCGAAUCUGCUGUCAAUGGGCACGCCAAAGACAAUGCUCCAAACGGUGAGAAGACCAGCAAGAAGAAGAAAAAGGCUCGUGAUGGAUCUCCUGCUUCUAUUGCCUCGGUCAAGAUUUCAACACCUCAUACCUUUGUCCCAGACGAUAUCGUCAAUAUUGUUCCCGUCAUCAAGGAGGCAUCGCCUCGAAGCUCACUUGCGGAGGAAGCUCUUGAGGCUGGUCGAAUAUCAAUCAUGCAGAAUCAGAAGAAGCUCGGUCAAGACUUACUCCUCGAGUCGCUUUCCUUACAUGAGCAAAUUUAUGGUAUCAUCCAUCCUGAAGUCGCUCGGGUUUACAACACAUUGUCUAUGUUGUAUUACCAACUAGAAGAGAAGGAGGCUGCUGUGGAGCUUGCACGCAAAGCGGUCAUUGUGUCCGAGAGAACACUUGGCAUUGACAACGCAGAGACACUCCUGAGCUAUCUCAACUUGGGACUAUUCGGCCACGCCAAUGGCGACACCAAGCAAGCUUUGAUCUACAUAAAGCAUGCACUGGAACUCUGGAAAGUCAUCUAUGGUCCCAACCAUCCUGACUCCAUCACCACGAUCAACAAUGCAGCCGUCAUGCUCCAACAUCUGAAGGAGUACCACGAGUCUCGUCUCUGGUUCGAGGCUUCGCUGGCAGUCUGCGAGUCCGUCUUUGGUAAAGACUCGAUUAAUGCUGCUACCCUCCUCUUCCAACUUGCCCAAGCUCUCGCUCUCGACCAAGACCCCAAGGCAGCUGUAAACCGCAUGCGUCAAUCCUAUAAUAUAUUUCUAAAUGCUCUUGGCCCCGCCGACAAAAACACCAAGGAAGCCGAGAGCUGGCUCGAACAGCUUACUCAAAAUGCCGUGUCGAUCGCUAAACAUGAGAAGGAUGUCGAGGCCCGCCGUCUUCGUGCAGGAAUUCAAGUCUCACCGCGUGUAACACUUGGUCGAACUCGACCUCAACCUCAGGUCGGCCAGACCGCCGAGGCCACUACUGGUCGCGAUCCUCGUAAGGGACUCGAUUCUCGUAGCAUCGACGAGCUGCUCAAAUUCAUUGAAGGUGACUCGAAGACCAGCACACCGAAGAAGCGUCCUGGCCGCAACACGAAUCCCAAGCGGCGUGGCGGCUCCAGUGCUCCUGUAUCAUAG